UUUUCUAAUGCGCUUAUAUCAGUGCUCAUUGCUUGGCAAUAAACACACGUGUGCUUUGUUUUUCUCCAUGCGUUCAGUUUCAGCAAAUGAUAGUUUCGGCAGGAUAAAAAGGCUUUAGUAGCAAAACUGCAGUAUAAAGGUUCGUUACGGUGUAAAAUUUCAUUUGCCAUUCUUUGAUGUGACAAAGCUCCCCUCAAAAGAACUGAACACAUAAAAAGAAGAGCGCAGGGUUGUUGGAUGAUGUGAACAUUUGAAAUUAAUUGUGGUGGUGCCCCAAUUAGUUGUGGUGCGACCCCAAUAAUUACGUUCCUAAUCUAAAUGUCGCGAUACUACUCAAUCUUGAGUUGCGGUGCUACCAUAAUGGAUGGAAAAUGUCCAUGUCCAUAUCAUUCAGCAAACUGGGGCGGCAAUAUCACAUUUUAGGGAAUAACCCCUAACACUUUUUUUCCGACGAAAGUUUCUAUUUUUAAAAAAAAGCUUUAUAUGCCUGCAGAAAAGAGACAUGCAAUAACGUGAUGCUGAGUCACUAGUUCCGAGUUGCAAUAUACGGAUAUUGUUUGUUUUAUUUCCUGGGUUAAAGUUCAAUCCAACGCGUUUGAUUCGACUUCAAAAAGGCGUUAUUUAAUUUGAUCAGUAUCCAGUUGACUGAUUUUCAUGUAUGUAUAUCUACAAUGGUUUUCAAACAUUUGACCUUUUACCUAUUAGGCCAUGUAUGCACAUUUGGAAUUCAGAAAUCGGAAGAACGUGUCGUGCUCAAGAGCGAGGCUUAUGAAGAGAUCGUCAAAUCGACAACUUACAUCGAUAAAACCUGGUUUAUUCGAUAUUUAUUUAACCUUCCGCAAUAUCUUGUGAUCACAGGCCCUCAGGGUUUCUCCAAAACGACGAACCUGAACAUGCUGAAAUCAUUCUUUGAACACGAGCUGGAUGAAACCCAUACUGCAAAGGACCCAAAAACCUCAAAAAAACUACAGACAUUCAAAGAUAAACAAAUAUUCACCGAUGAGAAAUUUUUUUGGCAGCACUUCGGUAAGUACCCCGUCAUCCACUUAGACCAAAGCGCUGUAACGACAAAAAACUUCGACGAAUUUUUGAAAAGCUUCGUUAAGCACUGCAUUGACCCUCUAACGGAGAAAUUCGGUUACUUAUGGAACAGUACCGACACCAAGAUGAAUGAAAAAGCCAAAAAAGGUUAUCCAUGGACCAAAGAUGACCUCCAAGAGUUCGGUGCAGAACUUGCAAGUCUUCUACAUCAUCAUCACGGAACCAAACCUAUACUUUUGAUUGAUGAGUACGAUUCUCCUUCAGUCGCCGCCCUUCUGGACGCGGGUGUCUCUGAAAAAGACACCGAGGCUAUCGUACAAUUCUUGAGUAGUUUUGUUGCCGAAAUAAUACAACAUAAUCACAACACUUUUCGUGCCGUUUUGACCGGGCGUUUGGCCUUGUCACUGAUCCCAAAACUAAAACAUCGUAAUAUUUUCGAGUCCGAAAAAUUGUCCUCUGCGUACGGCUUUCUAGAGGCCGACCUCAACGAGCUUGAAAAGCGAUUUGCAAUGGCAUCUCCUGAUAUGGAGCACACCAGAGCUUACUACAGAGGAUAUUGCGUGUAUGAAAAACCAACAGAACGAAUAUACAGUUCUCAGUCAAUCAUUCAUUCACUGCUCAGUAGAACAGUAAUUGAAUAUUGGUCGGGGGAUGUCGUCGAUAAACUGAGGCCUCUCCUAGGGGCUGAACAGUGGGGGCCAGCGCUGGAAAUGUGCAUCCUGAAACGCUGUAAGAUUACAGUGACAGGUCCCAUGAAAAAAACCGAUAUAAUGCAACUCAAAAAAUCUCUGCUUUUCUCUAAAAAAGCAGACCCUGGCGGACAGUUCUUGUUCCAGAUUUUGGUGGAAACUGGUUAUUUCACGGUGGAGGAAAAACAAGGGGUGAUGCACACUAUCUCGGUGCCGAACGUUGAGGUGCAAACGGUUAUGAUGGAUGAGUUCUACCGCGGUAGGUACCUGCACGAGCGGUAUGGAUUCACCGAGGAAGACGAAAAGCACUAUUUGAUGUCACUCGAUAAGUUGAGCUCGGACGUAACCACAUUGCAUACCCUCGUGCGGUCUGUCCAGACGUUAUUUCGGAAUUUGGCACCCAAAGAUGAGGUUUUUAUGCAGGUUGUAUUGCUCCACCCACUUUUGAACUGCUCGGAAUUCUCGACUUAUCCCUUUGAUAGGGAUGAUACUUCUAUCUCAAGUUAUGCUAUUUUCGCCAAACGGUGGCGGGAUCACGCAGGGAUCCUUUUUGAAGCGAGGGCUGGGCCCAAUCUUGAUCAAGGAACGAAAAGGGAUGUCUCAAAUGUAUUCGAACAAUUUCCGGACUUGAAGGAUACGGUUGAUUUACGUUUGGUUGUGAGCGGAAAAAACGAGGUCUAUGGUUUUUAUAACUAUGCAACUUUUGGUGGGAGCUCCGUAUGUGAACUUUGGCCACCGCAGAAGAAAGUCACUUGAAGUGAUAGUACUGCAUCCAGUUGAGGGCGUUGUGUCAAACUUGUGGGAGUGUUGGAGUUUAGUCUUUUAAGAUAAAAUGUAUCUCUAGAAGUAAUACGACGCUUAAAAGAUGUUUUAGAAUAUAUCUAAAAACGACAAAAAUGUUUCAGGCACGUCUCUUUAAAGCAGGGAAAAAAUUUAAGCAUCUAAAAAUGACUUCAAUACGUCUAACCUCGUAAGUUAUCGUGGCCCUUGUGUGUUUUAAGAAUGUUUUGAAGUAAUUUUUUUAUGAUUUUAAAAAUAUCUUCAAAAAAUUGGAGUUUCUUUUCUGUAUAAAAAUAAUUAUAAGGUAUUUUGUUAUGCUUGAAAAUUGUUAAAAAUGGGGGUUCCCAAAAAUCUGUGUCUCGUUAGUUGUCUAAUUCCACCACCAAUUAUUGUAAAUGCCUGUAGUUUUCAAAUCUAAUAAUUGCUGCAUCUUUAAUGAUCUUUGGCAUAAAAUCAGGCAGCAUUUACUCAACUAGUCUCAAAUAGAGAGUCUCACAACUCAA